GGUAAACUUUCCCCAUCAAUUCUUUUCAAUGACUAGCUUUUCUUAAUCUAACGGUUGUAUUGUCUUUAGUGGUUAUAAAUCUCUUUUAUUAUUAAUUUCAAGUGCACUCUGUCUGCUAUCCGAGCCACUGCUUUUCUUUUUUGCUAGAUUCACACACUGCCCCAGUACACAAUGUACCUUCAAUCUAGACUCAAACUUACCAAUGACUGAAUGCCCUUGCACAGUGAUGCAGAUGCUACUGGUACCCGAUCUCGCCCAAAGUCUUGGGGGGAUUUCUGUCCUGUUUGGGUAGAUUUUGAGGAGACAGCUAUAGAAAACUUCAGUUGAUUUACACCUGAGAAAUAAUGUCUCUGAUUAACUAUCGAUUCGCCCUUACAGCUUACCAAAGGUUCCAGUCAGUCACCUGUGUAUCUCUAAAUCGUCACUAUGAAAGUUCACCAACACCAUUGGAAUAUUUUACAAAACUUCAAGAGAUAGCUGAUCAUUGGCCUUGUGAUACUUGUGGUAGAAAAGUGACUCUAAAAGAUGAAAUCAAACGUCGUGCUACUGAAUUCCUUUCUAAACCAAUGCAAGAAAUAGAUGCUAAAUUUUGGGAAGAAGAAUGUCAAAGUUUGUCUCGUAUUUUUAAUAACCAUUAUCGAGAUAUCUAUCGACCUCCUUCCGUUCUUCGUGAUGGGUGCACUGUACCAGGAAGUUCAGUUAUAGCUGCGACCGGAGCUGAUCUGAUGGAAUGUAGAAGAAUUCUUUGUGAUCGCGACGAUGGAAACAAAAAACUUACUUUAUAUCAACGCCUGAUUUAUAAAUUAUUUUACUAGCCCAUUUUUUUAUAUUUCAUUUUUAUAGUUUCAUUGAAAUUGUAUGCAUUAGUUUUGUUAUUUAACGUCUUUUCAGAAAAAAAUUGUUGAGCUUC